AUGCAAGGCGCUAUUCAAGACUGCAGAGCAGAUGAAAGACAGGGCAGAGCUGACCUGGUCUGGUUAGAUCUUUUUAAUUCCCUUUUUCAACCUAUGCCCAAAAAUUUAACUACUACCUCCGGUACUUGGUCUCGCCUGGAGGUCGAGCCUUAG